AUGCUUCCAGCCUAUGUCGUUCCAGGCCAGCAGAUCUGCCUGUUGAAGGACACAGAAAAAGGCAAGACGCCCAAAUAUGUUGCUGGACCUGGUGUAGAACCCACUGACAAUGGAUACGUUAGCUGCUUGCUUGGUGAGCUCAAGGUCGAGGAGGUAGACGACGUCAAAUCCAAAGCGAGACACCGAGUUAGUGUGGUGAACAAGUACAAUAAUCCCUACGCUUUUGUUGAGACUCCACGAAGUAACUCACAGCGAAACUCCUCUCAGCUCCCGCAGGUCGGCGAUAUAGUGUACGGUGUGGUUACGAAACUUAUGCCAACCCAGAUCAAUGUGCAAAUUCUUGUGGUUGAGAAUAAAGCUGCAUUAACCAAAGAUAAUGGUGUUGGCUGGACCGGUGCUGCUGUCGGAACAGUUCACCAGGCGUCCGGAACAAACGUUGACUCGAGCAAUCUUGAUGAGGGCUACAACGCUGUUAUUCGUUUGCAGGAUGUCAGAGCUACUGAGCGAGACAAAGUGAAAGCCCGAGACUGCUUUAGACCAGGAGAUAUUGUGAGAGCAAGUGUUUUGUCGCUGGGAGACGGAAACAAUUUCUAUUUAUCGACUAUUCAAAGUGAUCUGGGCGUGGUGUUUGCUAAAUCAACUUCUGGCUACCCUUUGGCACCGUUAGAUUGGCAGACGAUGGUUUCUCCUGUAACCAGAGAAACAGAGCCCAGAAAAUGUGCGAAUCCCUUUCAGGCAUCAACUUAG